AUGUCUCCGUACACACAUAUCCUCCAUCUUGUAACAACUCUUAUUCUACUUCUCAUUAAUGGAAACAAUGAAAUAAUCAUUUGCUACAGCAACAAAGUCAUCAUGAAGGCCCCUUCUAUCAUCAUUAUAGUCGAUAAAAAUCCAGGAUCCGUAAAUUUUACAUCAAUUCAAGGUGCAAUUGACUCUCUCCCUUUGGUGAACCAAGAAAGAGUUUUGAUCGAUGUUCAUGCAGGGAUAUACACGGAGAAGGUAACAAUACCUUCAACAAAAGCCUACAUAAAAAUACAAGGUGCUGGGGCAGAAAAUACAGUGGUUCAGUGGGGUGAUACAGCCAGGACUGUAACCUUUGAGGAGUAUCAGUGCUGUGGACCUGGAUCAAAUACUGCAGGAAGAGUUAAAUGGUCAAAAAUUCUUACUGAUGAAGAGGCUGGACGGUUUACUUCCCUUGACUUUAUUGAUGCAUCUCAAUGGCUCGACCUAUCAUAA